UUGGACUUCUUCAAGGGAUAUUGGCAGUUUCUCUUGGACGAAUCCUGCCAAGAAUUUUUUUCCUUCCUCACUGAUGCGGGCAUCUACACACCGACGAGGGUCAUGAUGGGCGGGACAGACAGCGUCGCGUACUGCCAGUCCACCGUGCAGGAGAUGUUCAAGGACUUGCUGUACAAUGGCGUCUUAAUCUGGCUAGAAGACAUUUUGGGGUACAGUGAU